AUGUCUUCUUUUGUGCAACAAGCAUCCAAAUCAACGGUUGGAUCCAUCUCAGUGAGUUAUCCAGAGUUCCAAAACAGCCAAGAAUUUUUGCUGCCACAGAAUGAUUUCGAUGAGGAUGAGCAAUUGUAUAAUGCUGUUGAUACACAAGCUCUUAUCAGAAAAUAUCCCAAUAUUGAGAUACCCCUCUACAAGAUUGAUGAGCAAGAAGCCUUAGCGAUGGUUGUUCCACAUUUUGCCAAUAGCAUUGCUGAACGAUAUGUUGCAAAGCAAAUUGCAUUGCUCUCAAAACAACUGACUCAAUGGUUGAUUUUAUCUCCGUGUCAGAUCAACAAUAAUAUUUCUAUUUGUCGUCUAGAUUUGUCUUCCCGGAUGUUCACGGAUGUUCCCAUACUUCAACCACCGCAUUUCAUCACAGGAAUUUGCGCAUCUUUGUUGUCUGAAUUGAUGAAACUCAAUGUUGAUCCCGCUAACAUUGGCGCUCUUGUGUUGAACUCUGAGGGUCAACCUGGGUUCGAGAAAAUCGACGCAGAUGCGCUAAUGGAGGCUGCUGAAAAAAGCGCAUCGUUUCUCGUUGGAGAACAAUCAAAACAGAAAUUCUUGAAGACUCUUAGUCUGACUGUUCGCAAGAUAAACUCGGCGGUAACAUCAGGCAUGUAUAUUUGA